AGCCGGUCUGUCGGAAACCUACAAGAAGGCGGCGAAGAAGAAAAGGCGGAAGAGAAAAAGCAAGAAGAUGGCAGCCUCUGGCACAAAGUCGGUUUUAUUCGUUUGCCUUGGCAAUAUUUGCAGAUCGCCUAUCGCUGAAGCAGUCUUCAGAAAGAUGGCAACAGAUGCUGGUGUUGUGGAUAAGGUAAUUCUGAAUAUUGGUGGGACUCCCUUAUGGAGCACUGGUUUAUCCUCAGUAGAACUUGGAGGUUUCGCCCUAUGCUUGAGAUCUCAUCUAAUCUCCUCAAAGAAGGGGAGCUUCCAGGUGACCAAGGAAGAUUUCAUGAGCUUUGAGUACAUUCUCUGCAUGGACGAGAGCAACCUGAGUGAAUUGAAAAGGAAAGCAAAGUCUGUGAAAAACUACAGUGCAAAGAUUGAGCUUCUUGGUUCAUAUGAUCCUCAGAAUCAGCUGAUCAUCAAUGACCCAUAUUAUGGAAGUGACGAAGACUUUGAGAAGGUGUAUGAACAGUGUGUACGCUGCUGCAAAGCAUUUCUGGAGGCGAACUCCUAACGUCUGACCCGGAUCAUCUUUAAUCUAAGGAAUCCUCAACCAAAUAAUGUUAAGGUUCUGUCACUCAAGCACUUAGGAUGAUGCUUAAAGGACUUUUCAGGAAGUUUCAGUGUCGUAUGUGUUACACAAACCACACAUUGUGUAUGUAACAAUAAGGGUUGACGGGUUUGUAGACUUGUCUAUAACAUAAAUAAAAUAAGUUUAUCUUUAUCUGUUGGAAAA